AUGGAUACUAUCAACGUCAUAGAAGUAACUCAACCGUCGUUCCUGGUGGUCAAAAGGCCAGAGGCUGCCCACUUUGCAUGUGAAUACAGGAAUGCUGGAGAUGCAGAGGGACUUGUGAUAACUUUACUUAAACACCUUGGCAAUGAGUCUCUCAGGAUGUGUGCUUCAUGGCUUACUGCUGGGUAUGAGCCGUUCAUCGUGAAGGAUGGCAUCAAGUGCCAAGUCCACCCUGGUCACAAUGGUGUAAACAUUACACUUUGGGGUCUGCAGCCGACUGAUGCUGGCCUGUAUAUCUGCAAGAUGGAACGGAUUUUCCCGCCACCCUACAUCCAAGUCAUGGGAAGGGGAACCCAGCUCUAUGUGGUUGACACAGAUCCAUGCCCAGACUCGCAUCUCUAUCUUUGGAUCGCAACAGCAGUAGCUUCUGGAUUGUUUGUAUACAGCAUUUUAAUCACAAACCUGUGUUAUUGA